AAGUCGCGGCGGUGUGUCGCAGGGAAAUGGAGAGCGGUUGAAGUCGAGCAGUCGGACGGGAAGGAGAAAAAGUUUCUUAAUUUUUCCGGCAGUGGGCGGUUAGUUGAUUUGUUUCUUUAUUGUCGAGCACCAAAACCAGCGGACGAGGCAGGGGGGAAACCAAAAGGCACACGACUGCAAAGAACAAAACAGGAGAAAGCGAGGAAAAGUGAGAGAGACGGAACCGCACAGUUAUCUCUCAAGGAAGCGAGUGCCUGGUGCCGACCGGCAGGUUAGACAUCCUCACCGCCGAGGACCCGCAGCUGCCAGCCCGCUGAAGACAUGGCCAACAGAGAAGACGAGUACGACUAUCUCUUCAAGGUGGUGCUGAUCGGCGACUCCGGCGUGGGCAAGAGCAACCUGCUGUCCCGCUUCACCCGCAACGAGUUCAACCUGGAGAGCAAGAGCACCAUCGGCGUGGAGUUCGCCACCCGCAGCAUCCAGGUGGAGGGCAAGACGGUCAAGGCGCAGAUCUGGGACACGGCCGGGCAGGAGCGCUACCGGGCCAUCACCUCCGCGUACUACCGGGGGGCCGUGGGCGCCCUGCUGGUGUACGACAUCGCCAAGCACCUGACCUACGAGAACGCAGAGCGCUGGCUGAAGGAGCUGCAGGACCACGCCGACAGCAACAUCGUCAUCAUGCUGGUGGGCAACAAGAGCGACCUGCGCCACCUGAGGGCGGUGCCCACCGACGAGGCGCGGGCCUUCGCUGAGAAGCAUGGCCUGUCUUUCCUGGAAACCUCCGCGCUGGACUCCUCCAACGUCGAGCUGGCCUUCCAGACGAUCCUCACAGAGAUCUACCGCAUCGUGUCCCAGCGGCAGAUGUCGGGGCGCAGCGACUCGGACUUCUCGCCCAGUGCCAACGUGGUGCCCAUCACUGUGCAGCCCACACAGCACUCGGCCAAGCAGAGCUGCUGCCAGGGCAACUGAGUCGAACACACCCCCCCCCCCUCCUUCCCCGCACCACCACCAGGCGGGGGUGGGGUGGGGGGGGUGAGAUCCCGGGACGGAGAAGGGAGAGGGGGUGAAGAAGGGGACCCCGAAGCAGAGGCCCUCUCAGAAACGGGUGAAAGCGAUCUCAUUUAGUCCGAGCUCAUAUUCGUGAUCUGGCUCUAGGUACGGCCCCUCUCUGUCCUGCGCUGUACCUCCUGCUGCUCUCUGUAGCUGCCUGCCUGUCUGGGAUGAGGUCAUUCUCGUUAGCUCGUUGGCUGGUUAGCUCUUUAGGGAUGUGCACAGGCCCUAAGACUUGGGUGGGCGUCGAUCAAGGAAUAUGAACAUGUUUAAACUUGGGGGCUAGAGAGAAUCAGCAUGGGGCCAGGAGAGAAGAUUUGUGCAAUUUCUAGUGGUUGAAAAUCUUCAUGGACACAUACAAAUGAGCAGCAGGCCAAUACUUAUGGAGAGCUUUUUCACGUUUGUCCUCAGUUUUAUUGCUUCUUUUUUUCUUUUUGCGUGUGAACACAUUUUCUCAGAUUCACCCUUCUGAAGGCACUAAGCCACAUCGAUCCAGGUUCUAUCCCAAAGGGCAGACGCCGCUCUCAAAAUGAGCGGUCACGUGCUCCUGUUAGAUUUCUAUUUUAAAUGUUUGGUUUCUUUAUUUAAGAGUUUUUAAAUGAAGAAAAUCCUGAAAGCGUUGUCUCCCUUGUGCGGUCUGGGGUCUGUUUACAUCCCUUCUCUCAACACUAAAGGGGAUAGCUACUGUACACGCAGAGCCCCACUGAGCGGUGUCCUGCAGUUGCUAUAGAUUUUUUUAUUGUUACUUUAAGCAGAAUCCUUUUAUAGGUCCACAGCCAGUCUCUUUCAACCCUGACGUGGACCACAAAUGAAUGCAAGGCGGUGUCAGGGUUGGGGGCGUAGUGCGAGCAGGGGUUUCUGAGCCUUGUCUGACGGGGCUCCUGCACUGAGCCAGUUACAGAAGAGACGUCGCCCCCCUCCGAAAUCUAGACACCUGGAGUGUGAGACUCUGCUUCAGCAGAGGAGACGGAGGUGUCCGCUGUCGGGGGCAGGGCGUGCCGUCUGCCUGGAGCCACUGAACAACCGGGAUCGAAUCCCAGCAGGAAGAGCUGCACUCUGGCUCCUGGGGGGCCGGUGUGUCCGACUUUUUCAGGAUCUAGAUCGGCUAAUUCCUGGCCUGAUGGGACCUGUCCACCAGUCUGUCCAGGCUCCUCCAGUACUGGAGCCCUAGAGCAGUGGUUUCCUGCCCUGGUCCAGGGAGACUUCCGAUUCCCGUUUGGGGAAUUUUACAAUUCACAUCCGGGUCUUAAAAUGUUGCACGGAAUUUUUAAUUGGGAUCAGCCCUGUACUGAUUUUAGUUUUCGUUUCCGACCUGCCUUCUGUCAACAUUGUGAAAAAUUACGUGCAGACGUGCAAACUCGCAGAGAAGCAGAAGGAAAAGUACACUAACUGGGGGAGUAACUGGACACCUCAAGAGCCUUUUUAGUUAGAAAUGAAUUCUUAAUCAACAUGUUAGGGAGAAACUGCAUAAACAUUUAUGCACUGAAAUUGUUGGGAAGUAAUGUGCUUUAGCUAAGAUAUAUUUCUUAGUCUGAAUAAGCAAGCAGAUCAUGUACAGUCACCAAACCCAGCAAACACAAGGAUGUCUCCGGUCCAGGAGUGAGAACCACUGCCCCAGAGACUCAGAUCCUACAGGUAGACUAGGCCUCCAGGACCAGGACUGGACACCCCUGUGUCAGAACCACAGUGCUUCAACUAACUGGUUCACUGUCUGCAGUCGCCUUGAUGCUGUUCAUAGGAUCCAAACUGAGUGACCUACUGAUUCUGUCACAUUAAACCUGGUGAACAGGGCUGAUUGGUGUUGGUGUGGGGCGUAUUUUAAAAAUUACUUCUGCUCUUUUAUUUAUUUUAAGGAGGGUCUCUUCACUUUUGGGUUCUGUUUUUUUAUAACCUGUCAUCCAGGUCUGGAAUUAAUGCAUAAAUCAAUUCUAGACCUUUUUUCAUUCCAUAAUUUGUUUUGUUUGUUUCAUUUACCGUGUAUUUCACAAACGUACAGGAGAUGUACAUGAUCUUCUAAAAGCCAUCAUAUAGUUACAGCCUUGUAUUGUACAGGAACCUGCCAUGAUGCCACUAGAAAACAUAUUUUUAUAGGGUAAGGACACCGGAAAUGAAUAUGUCGCAGAUAUAGAAAUGGUGUGAGUUGAUUAAAAAAUGUAAAACUCUACCUGCUACUUGUAGAUGUCAAAUUUGGAUGUUGAUUGUCCCUUUUUUUAUAGAAGGCUUCUGAGUUCUUCGUUUGUUAAAUAGGAAGUCCUCAACUAGUACUAGAUUUGUCAAGUGGGAAGUGUUGAUCUAAUCUCAUCGGUUUCAGCAGGGGGUGCCUGUAUGUGUGGAGAUUGCAUGUUUCUCUCGAGUUUUCUACUGACCAGCCUACUUUUAAUUGGCUUAUUCGUCCACUUUGGAAGAUUUCAUUUAAUACAGAGGUGGAAUUGCAAGCCAAUACGGGUGAUGGGAGCUGUAGAGAAUCACCAGAAUAACCCAGUGGGUCCAAUGGCCUGCUCUCCGUUGUGACCCUUCUGACCUGGGUUCUACCACUCUGUAGACCUAAUUGUAGGAAUAAAAUGGUUAUCCUCGAGUACUGCUUGGAAAACUUGAGGAGAAAAGUUGUUUGUGGUGUAUGUUUUUCAUUAGAGAAAGCACAUCUUAGGUUUAAAUAAACAACUCUUAACUGUAAAAUCCUGGCUUUAAAAAGGGACUAUUGUAUCUACACUACUGAGUCAAUCUAUAUCAGCUUCCGCUACAUUUGUGCGACAGAGUUUUCAGAUCUGCUGCCUUUUUUUUAAACACCGUGUUAUUUGGCCACUUUUCUGUUUCUCACAGUUAACCGGAGGAUUUGUUAUGUUAGUGUCUUGUUCAUGCCAUUGUAAUUUCACGCCUUAAUUUGGAACAGAAAUGUAUAUGGCUUUAGUGCAGUGGAAGGCCUUAAAAACUCUCACCAUAGGUUGGUUCCAGUAUUCCUUUGUUACCUUUUUAAAUCCUCACAGUAUAUUAUUACGGAGCAAUAAACAAGGCUUAAUAUUUGAACCAAGCCCUUAAAAAAAUUAGACUUGCUUUUAUGAAGGGUGCAACAUUUUUCUCCUGGUUUUUAUCUGAGAUGACCAUACCUUCUGGAAUCCCUUACGGAUUGUCGUCAGGCCUCACGUCUUUUUCUUAAGUGGGGGGGUGGGACACAGAAGCAGUGUAGCCUGUAGAGAAUAAGACUCUUCCAGAGUGACUUUGCCCUCAGCUACUGUGCUGUUCUUAGUCCAGGUGGACACUGGAGAUCUGCCCAAUAUAGAAUUUUUUUUCUGGUUUUAUUGUGACAAUUAAUGUAUCUGUAUAUUUCGUUUAAAUAUGUACAUAUUAAAUAAAAAGCCUAUUUGAGAGGACAA